UGGGUGAGUGGAUGGUGGGAUUUGCUGGCCCAGUUCCUCAUGUGCACUGUCUAUCUGUUGAAUUGCAAUCACUCAUCAAAGGCUUAAGUUUAGCCAUACAACUACGACUGCUAUCACUGGAAGUGGAAAUAGAUGCAAAGGAGGUACCUCCUGAGGAUACUCCAUGAUCCAGUAGUCAUGCAUGCGUACAAGGAGAAGAAUGGGGUAGCAGACCAUCUUACAAAGCUAGGAAGUAGAAUGCCACUUGCUGCUAUAUUGCACAUUUUUGUUAAACCACCAUCUUCCGUCUCAGCUCAACUGUUAGCAGACAAACGAGGAUUCACAUCUCAGCGCAUGGUUCCUAUCACAGUUGUACAACUGUAUGACCAAGUCGGCAAUAUAUGUUUUGUUAAUAAUCAUGUAUCUAAUGAGACUGCUGAACAUUAUUUGAGAACUUAAGUAGCACAAAUGCAGUCUCUACUAGU